UCCACCUCGACAUCAAAGGGUCCAGGUGCUGUGCCAGGACAUGCCACCCUUCUGGUGUCUCAUCUUUCUUGGGGGCCUCCUGCCCUCCUCCCAGGGCCUCCUCAACCUGCUGAACCCAGCACAACCCAGCGGUGGCCUGCUUGGCACUGGUCUCAUUGGUGGAAAAAGUGGGUUGCCUGGCACAGAUGCUCUUGGUGAAGGAGGGCUGCUUGGCACUGGCCUCCUGGGCAAAGGAAGUCCCCUUGGUGCAGGAAAUGAACCCAGCGCAGCUGCAGUCCUUGGCACAGGCCUCCUAGGAGGACAGCCUGGCAGCAGUGGGCUGCUCGGCACAGGAAUCCUUGGUGGAGAAGGACUUGGCACAGGAAUCCUUGGUGGAGAAGGACUUGGCACAGGAAUCCUUGGUGGAGAAGGACUUGGCACAGGAAUCCUUGGUGGGAAAGGCCUUGCAACAGGCCUCCUUGGUGGGGAAGGACUUGGCAAUGGUCUCCUCAACAAUGGUCUCCUUGGCAAUGGCCUCCUUGGCAAUAACAGCCUUCUUGGAGAGGCAGGUCUGCUUGGCACAGGGCUGCUUGGAAAAGGAGGUCUCCUAGGCAAUGGAAGUCUGCUUGGACUUGAUGGUCUUCUGGGUGAAGCAGGAGGACUGCUGGGUGCAGCAGGAGGACUGUUGGGUGGCGGAGCCCCCCAGAAGAUGACACGCUACGCCUGGCUGAAGGUGCUGAACCUCGAGAACGCCCGAGUGUCAUGGAAGGUCUUUCGUGGUUCUGAGCUUGUGCUGAACCUGUACUCGAAGCUGGUGCUCCGCUUUCCAGGGAUUUUUCAGUUUCUGAGUGGAUCCUCAGUAGAAGCAAACAUCACAUCACACAUUGCCCUGACCCAGGACUCCCCUGGUGACCUCAAGUUGGUGCUUAAGGAUUGCAGCAACCUCCUUGGUGGCUUCAGUGUCAGCCUGCGGAAAGGUCUCCUCACAAAUCUGGUGAGCAGCUUGCUGAACAAGUCUCUUAAGUCCCUUGUCCCUGCACUGCUCUGCCCAGUAGUGAACAUGUGGGUCAGCAUCAUCAACAUUAACCUGCAAUUCCUCAACCGCGUCAUCUCCUUGGGGCUUCUGGGGAAAAUCUACUCUGCCCUCUCCAAACUGCCAGUGACAUCUGAGCACUACGUGGAGCUGGAUCUGCAGAAUUCCCCUUUCCCAAGCACCUUCAUCGACUGGCUCCUUCAGAAACAGGGCAGCUGA